UGAUAGCAUACUUCUUGUGCUACUAGACUAAGCUUAAGAUCUAGGUGCGUAGGUAGGCUUGUGACAGUAAUCUUGUAGAAGAGAUGCUCGGAAACAGGACCCAGAGAUGCAGCCAAUCACAUCACACUUCUAUUUAGCUCGGGAGGCCGGAGUGAAGGAGUGCCAAGCUUGCGCGUCACGAAGAGGGAAGGAGGUCAUGGUGGAAGUGCACAGCAAGGAAACAUUUCAAUGACGACUUGUCGCCAGAUCUCGAGACACUGAUGCUAUCGCCGGGCCGGGUGAUUCAAGACAAUCAGCAAGCGGUGCUGCUGGGCACGCUGCUCAUCACCGCCGCGCUCGCACUAGUCGGUACCUCAGCACGACAUUCUCUCACGACCAGCGCAGCAGCAUGGACAUGCAUCUGGGCAUACACGCGCUUUCGCAGUGGAAUUAGCAGUACUGGAGAAUCUCAGGGCCGGCUAUUGUCAUGGACAGCGGGAGCCUUACUGGCCCUGUCCGGCGUCUGUGAAAGAGCUGCGGAAAGGGGCCACAUAUAUUGGGCAAAGGCUAUCCUUCCCCUCCUCGUUUGCGUAGUCGUCAAGGUGGAUGCAUUCGGCAUUGCUCGUUUCAACUCGAAUACCGACACUCGAUCUGCAGAAAAGCCAAGGAGCGGCGAUACAAGACUCCUUAUGGUGCUUACUGUAUCAGCACUUGUAGCUGUAGGUUACAUGAACGAGUUUAAAUCAACACUCGCUUUGGGAUGUUGCAAUGCAGUGCUCUUAGCUGUGGUGCUGUCGCUGUUGCAGUUGGCGCACCGCGAGACCGUCUCGACAGGCGGUCCUGAGGAUGCAGUAAUAUCUGUGAGUGGUCUGUUGUCACAGCCAAAGGUCAAAAGAGACACACAGCAAGUACUGGUCGAUGUGUCGUUCGCGGCUGCAUUGGCGCAAUGGCUAUCGGCUCUCAUGCUGGAGAGCUUCAGCACCAGACCAUUCUGGUUCGCGUUCCUGCCGCAACAGAUUUUCACGGUAGCCUUGAGCAUUGGUAUGGUGGUAGUUCAUGUCGUGUUAAAUAGAACAAUCAUACUCGCGGUCGAUAAAUGUGAUCAAGUUACGACAGCCUCGACUUUUGUUGUCGCAGCGCUUGCCGCCCAUCUGACCGUCGACUUCUCACUAGGACGACUGUGGUUCGCAACGAUAUGUCUGCUUUCGAUUUACGCCUUUCUCCAUGACCGUACAAACUCGACGACUCGACACUCUGCAUCAGACGGCCGUGCGACAAUGCGCUCCAGACGCAUCUCCACCUCGCUACUGGUUGUGUCGCUCGUACUGCUUGCAGUCUUCAACUUCCGCGACCGAUUGAUUGCUCGCGUUGUGCCGCAUGGCCCCACGGGUCCCUGGGCGCCCCAGAUCCGCGACCAAGACCUAUCAUCCCCGCUUCAAUAUAAUGAUACCCAUGUUCACCCGAUCGAAUACCUGGCAAAGAAUGCCGAAAGCGAAUUCAGCGCCUUACUGCAGCGCCAAUCUCGCACAUUAGAGGAAGCCGUUACAGAGUAUAAGCGCCGCUACAACAUCCCACCUCCGCCCAACUUCGACAAAUGGUUCCAAUUUGCGCAAGACCACAAUGUUCAGCUAAUAGACGAGUUUGACACAAUCUACCACUCGCUCCUUCCCUUCUGGGGUCUGAAACCUGUUACCGUCAGGAAGAGAGUUCAAGAGGCAAUUGGUUUCGAUGGUAACAAUUUGAUUGCUCUAAUGGUACGUGGUGGAAAGGUGACACAUGUACGAAGCGGACAAGAAUGGCAGCAAAAGGCAACAAUUGGUAUGAUGGAUAAGUUCAUCCAGUAUCUGCCCGACAUGGACCUGGCCUUCAACAUCCAUGACGAGCCGCGAGUUGUUGUACCCCACGACGAAUUGUCGCGUUUGGUUGACGUCGCAAAGAACAAGAACAUGCCCGCUGCAUUCGCUAACUCUGGCCACAAGAAUGCCUUCUCGCCUCGCCCGAAGGAUGUCAAUCCGGGUGAGCGAGUCGACGAGGUUAAAAUCACCCGUUUCAAUGUCUUUGCUCAUCAACCCACUUGGAUCCCAUCUCGUUUAUCAUGCUCCCCAGACAGUCCUGCGCGGGCACUUGAGGAAGAGAUUACGCCCGACAACAUCGCAACCUAUGCUAUGAGUGAGCUAGGGUUUGUCUACAACGACACUGCCUUCAGUGACGUCUGCAAUUCUCCUUCGUUUGGCAGUUCACAUGGCUUUUUCGAUCGACCGAAUGCCUUCAAUGUUGUCCACGACCUCGUUCCUAUCUUUUCCCAAUCGAAGAUGAGCAGUUUCCAGGACAUCCUGUAUCCGUCUCCUUGGUAUUGGUACGGCAAGGUCACUUACGAUUCACACAAGGACAGGUCAUGGGACAAGAAGGAAGGAAAACUGUGGUGGGUCGGCAGUACGACUGGCGGAUUCUCGCGCGAUGGAGGCUGGCGUCGCCAACAUCGCCAAAAGUUCGUGCGCAAGCUCAAUGCUCCCGAUCAAGCCAAAAUCAUGUACGAUGCUCACCUGACCUCGGCUUCCACAAACGACGACAAUACUCCGGACUGGCAGAUGCGUUCUGUACAACGCAACGAGUACUCAGAUCUCAUCGAUGUUCAUUUCUCCCAUGUUGGUCAAUGCGAUCCUGGCGACUGUGAUGCACAGAAAGAGUUCUUCAAGAUCGUGGCGCCAGCUGAUCAACAAGACGCAUGGAAGUACAAGUACCUGCUUGACAUGGACGGCAAUGCCUUCAGUGGUCGUUUUUAUGCUUUCCUCAAAUCCCACAGUCUUGUGUUCAAGAUGGCAGUAUUCCGUGAGUGGCAUGCUGAAUGGCUCAAGCCCUGGGUUCACUACGUUCCGCUCAGUCUGAGAGCUGAAGAAGUAUUGGAGUCAGUACGUUAUUUCGGAGCAGAAGAGUCUGGCAAGGAGAUGGCAGUGGGAAUGGCCGAGCGUGGUAGAGAAUGGAGUAAUAAAGUGCUCAGAAAUGAGGACUUUGAGGUGUGGUUCUUCAGACUGUUGCUCGAGUACGGCAGACUCGUGGAUGAUAACAGAGAGAGCAUCGGUUUCGGAGCUUAAUGGCAGUCCACGAGAGCCAUAACUACGUAGCGCUUUGUUUUGCCCUUACAUAACAUGGACAUCUUCACAAGAGACAGUUGUCAAGCAUUGUACCUAGCUCCCUCCGUAUCUCGAUCUGCACAGACAAAAUCGACAUGAGUGAUGCGAUAAUCCCAACCAUGG